AUGGUUGCUAAAACUUUUGCAAAACCCGACAUAAGCCCCAUACUCAAAAGCUUGCAAGAGCGGAAAGACCUAGAGUUCCUAAUUAUAGACAUCCUGAAUAUCCUGACUCGCAAGCACAACGACGUCAAGUGUGUCGCUAUAAUCUGCGACCCAGUGUAUCUGAAUGUGUUCGAGGGAGCGUUCUUCAAAAGGACCUAUUCUAUGCCCAUCAUCAUGAUAGUAGUAGCUGAGUAUGAGGACCUUUUAUCUCCUAACUACAUAACACUGGAAGCUCUGAGGCAGGCGCGGAAGGAUGACUGCAAUGUGUACUUGAUAUUCCUAGCCAAUGGUCUGCAAGCUUCGAGGUUACUUAGAUUUGGAGACAGACACCGCAUCCUAGACACCCGCGCCCAGUUCGCGAUGCUUCACGACGUGCGUCUGUUCCACAGCGAGCUGCACUACGUCUGGCGGCGGAUAGUCAACGUGCUGUUCAUCAAGCACCACCAGCGCGUGCGCGGCUCCAGCAAGAGCAAGGUGCGGUGGUAGUCAGUCAGUAGCUAGUGUAGUGAGGUGGUAGUCAGUCAGUAGCUAGUGUAGUGCGGCUGUUCCACAGCGAGCUGCACUACGUCUGGCGGCGGAUAGUCAACGUGCUGUUCAUCAAGCACCACCAGCGCGUGCGCGGCUCCAGCAAGAGCAAGGUGAGGUGGUAGUCAGUCAGUAGCUAGUGUAGUGAGGUGGUA